GUGAUCUUAUCGCUUACUAUCCUCUAAACGAGGAAUUUAAAGCAAGAGAAAUUGACGAUAAGCAACCGGCUGGAGUUUUAGGGCAAGUGGAGCUCACAACUGGACCCCAUGGAGAAACCAAUGGAUCCUACCAGUUUUCAGGCAACCCAAACAGUUUCAUAGAGUUCCCCAAUGACGGAGGACUGGACACCCUACACUCUAUAACCCUGAUGUGCUGGGUUCAGCCCGGUGGUCGAGACGGGCCGCUCUUUAACUACAAGAACUCCGGAGCUUGGGGAGUCCAUAUUUGGAUAGUUAACGGCAAGUUCUUUAACAGGAUCACCAAAUACCCAAAUCAUGCGUUUUUCGAUGCUAUAUUGACUGAUCAGGCACUUCCAGUGGGACAGUGGGCCCAUGUUGCGGCAACUUAUGAUCAUAUCACUGGAGUCAACUCUUUGUACGUCAAUGGCCAUUUGUCUAAAACAAAAUACAUCGGCACAACUGACAGGAUAUCGACCAACGACGGGCAAGUUCGAAUGGGCGUUAAGAUUGGCGACUCCAGAUACUUUAAUGGCAAAAUAGCUCAAAUGAAAGUUUUUGACGUUGCUCUAGAUGAGGCCGACAUACAAGCUGCCAUGAAUGAAGGUCAUCUUAUCGCUUACUAUCCUCUAAACGAGGAAUUUAAAGCAAGAGAAUUUGACAAUAAGCAGCCAGCUGGAGUUUUAGGGCAGGUGGAGCUCACAACUGGACCCCAUGGAGAAACCAAUGGAUCCUACCAGUUUUCAGGCAACCCAAACAGUUUCAUAGAGUUCCCCAAUGACGGAGGGCUGGACACCCUACACUCUAUAACCCUGAUGUGCUGGGUUCAGCCCGGUGGUCGAGACGGACCGCUCUUUAACUACAAGAACUCCGGAGCUUGGGGUGUCCAUAUUUGGAUAGUUAACGGCAAGUUCUUUAACAGGAUCACCAAAUACCCAAAUCAUGCGUUUUUCGAUGCCAUAUUAACUGAUCAGGCACUUCCAGUGGGACAGUGGGCCCAUGUUGCGGCAGCUUAUGAUCACAUCACUGGAGUCAACUCUUUGUACGUCAAUGGCCAUUUGUCUAAAACAAAAUACAUCGGCAAAACUGACAGAAUAUCAACGAACGACGGGCAAGUUCGAAUGGGCGUUAAGAUUGGCGACUCCAGACACUUCAAUGGCAAAAUAGCUCAGAUGAAAGUUUAUGACGUUGCUCUAAAUGAAGUCGACAUUAAAGCUGCGAUGAAUGAAGGUAACGAGUAG